AUGCUGAGGGCAGCCCGAGAGAAGGCCGGGAAGAUGGCGGCCUCCUGGAGGCUGCGCUGUGACCCGCGGCUGCUGCGUUGCCUCCUGGACUUCGGCGGCCGCCGAAGCCCAGGGCUGGUUAAGGGGGCUUCUGGGUGGCCUUUGGGCCGCGGAGCUAGUUGGAGAUGGUUUCACAACACGCAGUGGCUGCGGGCUGGUCCUAUUAAGAUAUUAAUGCCAUCACUGUCUCCUACAAUGGAAGAAGGGAACAUUGUGAAAUGGCUGAAAAAGGAAGGUGAAGCAGUGAGUGCUGGAGAUGCCUUAUGUGAAAUAGAGACCGACAAAGCUGUGGUUACCUUAGAUGCAAGUGAUGAUGGCAUCUUGGCCAAAAUAGUGGUUGAAGAAGGAUCUAAAAAUAUACGGCUAGGUUCACUAAUUGGUUUGCUAGUUGAAGAAGGAGAAGAUUGGAAACAUGUUGAAAUUCCCAAAGACAUAGGUCCUCCGUCACCAGCUUCAGAACCAUCAGUGCCUCGCCCCUCACCAGAACCACAGGUUUCUACCCCUGUCCAAAAGGAACACACACCGGGGAAACUGCAGUUCCGUUUAAGUCCAGCUGCCCGUAAUAUUCUGGAAAAACACGCACUGGAUGCUAACCAGGGCGCAGCCACUGGCCCUCGAGGGAUAUUCACUAAGGAGGAUGCUCUCAAACUGGUCCAGUUGAAACAGAUGGGCAAGAGUCCUGAAGCCAGACCCACCCCAACCAUUCCAGCCACUCCCACAACACCUUUGCCCCCCCAGGCCACUGCCGUGCCAUCUUAUCCUCGGCCAAUGAUUCCACCAGUAUCAACUCCUGGACAACCUAAUGUAGCGGGCACAUUCACUGAAAUCCCUGCUAGCAAUAUUAGAAGAGUUAUUGCUAAGAGGCUAACUGAAUCUAAAAGUACUAUACCUCAUGCGUAUGCAACUGCUGACUGUGACCUUGGAGCUGUUUUAAAAGCUAGACAAAAUCUCAUCAGAGAUGACAUUAAAGUAUCAGUGAAUGAUUUCAUCAUCAAGGCAGCGGCUGUUACCCUUAAACAAAUGCCGAGUGUUAAUGUAAGCUGGGAUGGAGAGGGCCCAAAGCAACUGCCCUUUAUUGACAUUUCAGUGGCUGUGGCAACAGAUAAAGGUCUAAUUACACCAAUUAUAAAAGAUGCUGCUGCUAAGGGUCUACAGGAAAUUGCUGUCUCUGUAAAGGCUCUAUCAAAGAAAGCCAGAGAUGGAAAACUGUUACCUGAAGAAUACCAAGGAGGCUCUUUUAGUAUUUCCAACUUGGGGAUGUUUGGCAUCGAUGAGUUUACCGCAGUGAUCAACCCACCUCAGGCCUGCAUUUUGGCUGUUGGGAGAUUCCGACCUGUGCUGAAGCUCACUCAGGAUGACGAGGGGAACAACAGGCUGCAGCAGCGCCAGCUCAUCACCGUCACGAUGUCGAGUGACAGCCGCGUGGUGGAUGAUGAGCUGGCUACCAGGUUUCUUGAAAGUUUUAAAGCAAACCUAGAGAAUCCUAUUCGACUUGCCUAGUUCGUCAAAGAGAAGAAGUUGGUCUUUGGCUUAGUGAAUUGUAUAGUUGUUACUGAGAAACAUACACUAUAGGAAAACAGUUAGGUAUUUAAGUGUGAAGUGGAUGAAGUGUUUAUUUAUUUUAGGUGAAAGAGUUUGACCCAAGUUGUCGUCGUUUUCAACUUGGUUUUAAUGUUAAAGAAAUAAAUAACAAACUGUAACUAACAGAAGAGGACAUCUGGUUAGUCAGAUCCAUUUUUAAUUUAACCACUGGUGCUGUACAAAAGGGAUGUUAAAGUAGAUGUAAAUUAAAUUGUGUGUUUGGCUCAUUGGAGCAUUUUACAAUAUUGGAGAAUGUAUGAUAAAUUGUAAAAUCAAAAAGUUGUUAGAACUCUACCUUAAUUGUGUUGAAAUUAGAAGUGGUCUUCAGAGAGAUGCCCGUUAACAUAGCAGUGGGACCUCACUUUUACAAGCACUGCUCUAGAUAUACUUGAACCAUUUAAUAUGUACAGACGUUUAUUCUGGAUAGUAGUAAAUAAAUAAGAAUCACGCUGUACUAGGGGUUGUGGCAACAUUAUUGAAUUUUUUUAUGUAUAUAAAGCCAUAUGUUUUAGAGUAGUUUCUAUCAGUCUUAUUUUACACUUCCAUGACACUGUGAACUAAAGAAGAAUAAUUUAAAAAAAAAAUUAAAAGUGAAGAAAGAGACCAAAAAAAGUGUUUGUUUCAAUAAUAAACUAUAGUUAAAAUAUCUAAGCCUUCAGAAAUAAACUGCUCACCUUCA